AUGUCUUGCCCAAGCCCUCCGAUCCACCACCGCUUCGCCACCCCGGCGUCCCUCUCCGACUGGCUCAAGCCUCGCCUCCCCUCCGACUCCUUCGCCUCCUGGGGCGUCACACCCGGCACCAAGAAUGUCCACAACCUCUGGCUCGAGAUCUCCGAGGGGGAGACCUCGCUCACUGACUCCGUCCCCCCUACCCGCACCGUCAAUGUUGUCACGGUCCAUGUCGUCGGGUCCAACGGUCAGAUUCUCGUCGAGUCACACCAGCAACUGUCCAAUGGCAGCGUCCGCCAUCGGCGCAGGCCCUUGUCAGAGAAGAUGAAGCCAAGCGAGACGCCCGAGAUGGCGGUGAUCAGGGCCGUGAGGGAGGAGUUGGGAUCGGUGAUCCGGGCGGAGGUUGGGAGUAUUGGGGAUGCUGUGAGGAUUGUUCCCGGAUCAUAUAAGAUGAAAGUAGAGGAGAAGAAUUCAGUGUCUUAUCCGGGAUUGCCGGCAUGUUACAUGUUUCACUCGUUCGAGGCGGAGGUCGAGGGACUGCCGGAGGAUGCAGAGUUCUGCACGGAGGAGGAAGAGGAAUAUGACGUUAGCGGUGGUGCAGGUGCUGCGAACAGGGCGAUUUCUGUGAAGAGGCAUUACUGGAAAUGGGUCAGUGCAGACUCAAUUGAACCUUAA